AUGUUUUACGGUCAUUAUUGUGGUGCUUGGAUCAUUAAAGUUCUAGAACCCAAGAUCCCUUUAUGGGUUUUAAUGGUCGCAGUUCAGUUCAUCGAUUUCAUAUUCUGUUUAUUUAUUUUAUUUGAUAUAGAAGAAGUUCGUAUUACUCGUGGAUUUACAAAAUCAAAUGACUUGGAGCUAAUUUAUAUUCCAUACACUCAUUCUUUAAUUGCUGUGAUUGGAUGGAGUAUAUUAUACGGAGUGUGGUAUAAAAUUUCUAGAUAUGAUGGCGGUAAUCGUGCUGCGUUCUUAGUAGGAUUGGCUGUGCUCUCUCAUUGGUUUGAAGAUUUAUUGGUUCAUAAAGAAGAUUUGCCAUUGACUUUUUAUGAUACUCAAACAAAGUAUGGAUUUGGAUUAUGGAAUAUUCCAAUAGUACAUUAUCCACUUGAAUUUUUAUUAUUCUUUGGUUCAUAUUAUUAUUAUGUGAAAAAUACUGAAGUGCACCCUUCUAAAAUUCAAAUUACACGUUAUACGGAUAAAGGUUUUAAUAAUAGUAACUAUAUACAAUCAUCACGAGAUGAUCAAGCAAGUAAAUGGGUAAAAAUAUUAUUGAUAUAUUCUCUAUGUACAUAUAUCCCUAGUGAACUUAUCUCCGCUCCUGAAAAUUGUAAAUUGUUGGUUAUUAUUAUGCUUAUUUUAUAUGUUAUCAUGGCUAUUUUAGCUCAUCGUUUAGACAAAGUUAGAGUUACUAGACAUAAUAAUCGUAUAAGUGAUAAACUAAAAUUAUUAAAUGAAUAA